AUGAAGCAUCUCACCGGCCGCUGCUUCACGUGGAUCCUUCAGAGAGGAAUCUUUUGUUUGUUAGUCCUUGGGCAACGUCAUCAUGGCGUCUUCACCUCGGACCACAGGGCAUCAGCUGAGCUCACCGGACACCAGGAGGAUUCUUCACAGAAGGAUUCUUCACAGAAGGACCAGGAGCCUCAAACUCGGAGACUGAUUCAAAACACCAAACUUCCCAUUGGCCCCUUCAUCCCUCUUUCAAAACAGGGACUUUGGGAAAUACUUGGCGGAAACUCCCAGUCCCACUCCAACUCCUCCUUAAAAAUCAAGUUUCAGCCGAUAACGAAGGUUCAUGGAACUUCUAAAUUCUCCAGGAAGUUUAGUUGGGGGGACUUUUACUCAAACAUCAAGACGGUCAAACUGAACUUGCUGAUAAUGGGGAAGAUCGUGGAUCACGGGAACGGCUCCCUCGGAGUGUACUUCCGCCACAACUCCACAGGUGUGGGCAACGUCUCCAUCAGCCUCGUGCCUCCCAUGAAAGAGGUGGAGUUCGACUUGGAGCGCCAAAGUGUGGUCAAUCCCAAAGACUCCAAGACGUUCAGCUGCAGGGUGGACUACGAGAAGACUGAACGCAACAAGAAGGUGAUGCUGUGUAACUACGACCCAUCGAAGACGUGCGACCAGGAGCAGACCCAGAGCCACGUCACCUGGAUGUGCUCCAAACCCUUUCAGGUCGUCUGCAUCUACGUGUCUUUCUACAGCACGGACUACAGGCUGGUCCAGAAAGUCUGUCCCGACUACAGUGACCACAAACCAGGUGCCCUCCUGCCCACAGGAGGUUGAUGCCUCAGUAGAUCCAGUUUCCAGCUGUACCCACACUGUGGUGGAUCUGUGAUUUACAUGCUUGAGCAGAAUAUAUUUCUCGUUGUAGACUAUAAGAGUUGUAUUAGCCCUUUUUUCUUAAAGACAUGCAUAUAACUAGUGCUGUAAUUUAGAAUUAUUUUCACUC